UUUGCGGAUUACCAUAAUAUUAUAAUAGAUGAAGAAGCAACUUCAGGCUGAUCGUUUGAUUUAGCAGAAAUUAAGUCGUUGGAUACGUCAUAAACAUAUUCUACUAAGUAAUGUAUUAACGCUUAAUCGUAUGGAGGUUGACUAAUAACAUGGCAGUAGCUAUGAGUUCAACUUGUCCGGGACUGUAUUGCGGCAAAACGUUAAUAAAUGGCUCCUUUGAUGGAGAAUGUGGGGUAUGUCCCAGAGGAGAGAGGACUAGCAUGCAGAAGAUCUGUGAGAAGUGUACAGAAUCCCCUGAACUCUAUGACUGGCUGUACCUGGGCUUCAUGGCAAUGCUGCCACUGGUUCUACACUGGUUCUUCAUUGAGUGGUAUUCUGGAAAGAAAAGCUCCAGUGCCCUCUUCCAACACAUAACUGCCCUGUUUGAGUGCAGCGCUGCGGCUGUGCUGACUCUACUGGUCAACGACCCAGUGGGUCUGCUGUCUAUCAGGUCCUGCAGAGUCCAGAUGCUGUCAGACUGGUACACCAUGCUGUACAACCCCAGCCCAGACUAUGUCACAACUCUACACUGCACACAGGAAGCAGUCUUUCCCCUGUACACUAUGGUUUUGAUCUACUACGCCUUCUGUCUGGUUUUCAUGAUGCUCCUGCGUCCACUCCUGGUCAAAAAGAUUGCCUGUGGUCUGGGUAAAUCUGACCGCUUCAAGAGCAUCUACGCUGCUCUCUACUUCUUCCCUAUCCUGACAGUCCUGCAAGCUGUGGGAGGCGGCCUCCUCUAUUAUGCUUUUCCAUACAUUAUUUUGGUGUUGUCCCUGGUUACCCUGGCAGUGUACAUGUCAGCCUCAGAAAUACAGUCUUUCAAGAAUCUCAUUGCCAAGAAGAAGAGGUUGGUGGUGCUCUUUAGUCAUUGGCUCCUUCAUGCGUAUGGCAUCAUCUCCAUCUCCCGAUUGGAUAAACUGGAGCAGGAUCUGCCUCUAUUGGCCCUGGUACCUGGACCUGCCCUCUUCUACCUUCUCACUGCCAGGUUCACUGAACCUAGCCGGAUUCUGUCAGAAGGCGGCAACGGCCACUAGAAGUAUUAUAGAGGGAUGUGGGGAUUAAUAUCCACCUAUCAAUUCAGAAGGUUUUGUGCAAUAGACAUAUGGACAAUAGUCUUUACUGACUCCUCUGAGUAUGGUAGUAUGAUGACUGCUGCAUGCAGGGUUGAUGGUGUGAGUUCAUCUCACAAGGAGAAGGAAGAUUUUAUUAUAUUUAUGCAACUAAGGUGGGAAAACAAUCACCCUAUGCACAUACAGUAUGUCUAUAAUCUAUAAAGCUCCAUAUAUGUGUUGUAAAUUAUUGAAUGUUAUUGUGUUGAUGCUUGUGUACACUUGAAUGUUGUUGUCUAAGGCCUAAGAUGUACUGUUCCUCAUUGAGGCUGUUAUACAUGUUGUGUAUAAACAUAUUCACUCUUUAAUAUUUUAUGCUCAACGUCCUUGAUUGCUUUAAUCGCCGAUAUCCUUGGUUGUUGUUUUGAAAUCGAUUGAGGUCUCUGGAUUGUCCAAUAGUUUAAGUUAAGUUUUCUUGAGCUAAAUCUAAUGUGCCAAAAACUGAACACGUGCAUAUGCCCAGAGGCACAUACAAUGGUUCACUAUAACCUAAUAUUAAUCGUUACAAGUGGAUGCAUUUCAAUUAUUUUGCUUGUACGUUUUUUAAAUGGAAAUUAUAUUGCCUUUUCCCCAUAAAUUCUGUUGUGGAAAUACACUGUUGAAUAGUAAGCAAGUGAAAUUGUGAAUUUGUUUCAUGCAUGCGCAUAGAAUGCCUGUAAAUGUAAAACAAUGAGUGUUGAUUAGGUCUAUAUAAUUUUAUUGGACUGUAAUUUUAAAACCUACAAAACAAGGACUUGACUAGCUAGAUUUGACUAUUGUGAAAACUGUCAGAAGUGUUGUUUAAAUGAGAUUUUCUGAAAUAAAAAUUACAAGUGUGUACCAUCUGA